AUGUUAGGAGCUGGUCUUGUUGGGUUGUUGGGUUGGAAUAGUGAUUUGACUAGUGGCCAAUCGGCCGAUGCUAGUCAUGUGGCUAAGAGAAUCUGGAGAGACUAUUAUGCCGGAUUGGAGGAUAAUUGGCAGUUAGCCAAGUAUACAAUUGAAUAUAAUUCUAAUCCACAGUGUUCAAAGAUUGAAUUUAAGGAUGGGGAUGUGAUUGAUAAUGAGAUAAUGCCAAACUAUUAUGUACAGUUUUGGGUCCGAUUACUGGCAAAUGGUUUGUUAAGUGAUUCUGAUACAAAACGUAUUAUUGCCAUGCUAGAUAACUGUCACCAAAUUAAUAACCCAAAUGCUAAGUCUUGCUCUCUUGACCUUGAAAAAGAGUCUCUAUCAUAUGCAUUGGAUCGCAUUAUAAAGGAGCUUGAAAAUGUACAAGCCAUAAGUCAGAGAUAUUCUUACCGGCUUAGAAAUAUAAUUAGGACUGUUACGGGUAAUACUAUUACAUAUUUACUGGAAACAUCGAAUCCGAAUAACUUUACGAAUAAUAUCAAGGCAGUCCAAGAUGCUCUUCAGGACUAUUGUGGACCGGGUCUGUUUAACCGUUCGCCAUUUACUUCACUCGAGCUUACUGAAGAGAAUAUCAACAAAGUGUUUGAAACAUGGAAGGAGAGCAUCCAAAAUCCAUCAGUAUUCAGCACAGACCUUCGCGCCCAGAAACAGCUUAGACACUUCUUAUACGAUAUGCUAAGAAUGAAGCUAGUGGUUUCUAGCCUUUCGACUUAUUCUAAUCCACCUCUAAGUACUUAUCACAAUGGCAUGAUCAACGAUGAAACUCAGAACCACAUUGAUGCCCUUUUAAGAUUAAACAUUGCUGUGGUGAUAAAAAGCAUGCCUGUAGAUAAAGCUGUCAAAAAGCUAAUUGCCGAAUUAUCGCGUGGUCCGAGCAUAAUCAAUAGGUAUCACGAUUGUUAUCAGAUGCCUGACUUUAUGCCGCGAAUGUAUAUGUUUUCUGGCUUUCUAUUAGACAACUCUAGAACUCGCAUCCCAAUUGAAGAUAUUAAGCAACGAGCUGAAGAUAUGAAGAAAAUAUCAGAUCAUUUUAAGCAUAUAUUGGAGAAGACAAAACAACUAAAAGCCGCGCUUAGUCCCCAUUUGGCAAAUACCAAAGCUGCCUCUAGUAUUCAUGAGUGUGUAGAAUAUCUAGCCGCUAACCCAUCAUCGGCAUCCUCUUUCAAAUCAAAUUGGAUGUCCAACUCUCCUAUCCUCCACAAACUUAUAACCAGUCUGCUUUGGACCCGUCUCACACAACUACUGGGACUGUCUCGCUGA